AUGUCGGUUAAACAGUGGCUUUCACCGCUCAAGGGGCUGGAUAGUCUUUACCAGACCGAAGUCCCCAUGCCGUCCCCCAAAGCUGGGGAGGUGUUGGUGGGGGUAAAAACUGUGUCUCUCAACUACCGUGAUGUAGAGAUUACGAGGGGCGAGUACAAACAUCAUAAGACUGCCGAGCAAGAGGCCACUAUUGUGCCCUGUAGUGAUAUGUGCGGAGUAGUAACCCAGAUUGGAGAAGGAGUUACUCAAUGGGCUGUUGGAGACCGUGUUUUGUCGACCUGCUUUCCGCAACACAAAACUGGUCAGAUAACCCCAAAAGAGCUUGCAGGCAGCCUCGGCCAUCCUCUGAAUGGAGUUCUUACUACGCACCGAGUAUUUCCCGCCGACACCCUGGUGAAAAAACCCAGCUAUAUGUCCGACGAGGAAGCAUGCACACUGCCUAUUGCUUCUGUCACGGCCUGGAUGUCCAUCAAUGGAAUGAGACCGAUCGAUCACAGUGGUGGCAAAGACGAGUAUAUUCUUCUACAGGGCACUGGUGGUGUGUCAAUUGCGGGUUUGCAGAUUGCGAAGGCAUCAGGUGCCAAAGCUAUUAUCAUCUCCUCGUCCGAUGAAAAGCUAGAGCAGGCCAAGCAACUUGGCGCUGAUCUAACAAUCAAUUACCGCAACACCCCCAACUGGGAAGAGAAAGUCAUGGAAUGGACAAAUGAUCACGGUGCCGAUAUUAUCCUCGAGGUUGGCGGAGCCCAAACCUUGAGAAAGAGUUUCGAUUGUAUUGCAUUUGGAGGAUUAAUUGACUGCAUAGGCUAUGUGUCUGGAAAGAUUGACACACUAGAGUCUGGUAUUAACGUUAAUGUCCUCGCUUUGAGGCGCACGGUCACUCUGAAGGGAAUCAUCAACGGCCCUAAGGAUCGCUUCGAAGAGAUGAUCCGAUUCUACGAGACCCAUCAUAUCCACCCGGCUGUCAACCGCGUGUUUCCUUUCGCCGAGUCUGUCGAAGCUUUCAAGUUCCUUGAGAGUGGCAGCCAUUUUGGAAAGGUGGUCAUCAAAGUACAGUGA